AUGCUAGUCAUAACUGCACUGUUUGCGGCCCUACACCUUAUUUCAGGGACUGGCGCCCUGGUUGCCCGUGCCGAAUCAAAGCCAACUCUUGCAGUUUACUAUCCCGGCUACCAUUCCAAUUUGUUACCCCCGGAAAGUAUCCCAUGGGACCUCUACACCCAUCUUGAUUACUUUGUUGCCACCACUGGUAGUGAACCCAGUGAUGACUUAAAAAUCGAAAAUGAAGAGAACCUCAAGGCCGUCGUCUCCGGUGCCAAGUCCCACGGAGUUUCCGUUUCACUCACCGUUGGUGGCUGGACCGGAAGCAAGUAUUUCAGCAAAUUGGUGGCCGACGAAGAAAGCCGCAAAACAUUCGUCCAGACCAUUUUGCGCGCCGUCAAGAAGUACGACUUUGAUGGUGUUGACCUCGACUGGGAAUAUCCCAACGUCCCAGGUAAUGAUGGUAACAUCCUGUCCAAGGAUGACUCGGCCAAUUACUUGAAGUUUCUGAAGACCCUUCGCCAGGUCCUGGGAUCCAAGGCCCGAAUUUCUGCUGCCGUCGCCGUCCAUGGCUUCAUGGGACCGGACGGCGAGCUGGCCGGUCCCAAUGCCCCAAUGUUUGAUACCUGCAAUGACCCUGAGGUGAAAUUCUCGGUUGACCAAGCCAUCAAAACCUGGACCUCCACCGGAUUCCCCGCGGCUCAAAUCCUGUUGGGAUUACCAGCCUACGGGUACAAGUACACCAUGCCCAAUUCCGAGCUAGCUCCAACCAACUUCUCAGGCCAGAGCAACCUCACCAGCUUAUUCUUCUCCAAGUUUGACAAGUCUGCCGCCCCCGCUCCCACUGAAAGUUCUACCGCUGGCCCCACCACUUGUGGUGGCGAGGAAGAUGGCCACACGUGGCUCUACAAAGACCUUGUAGCUUGCGGUAUGCUCAGUGCUGACGGAAGUCAAGGCCUCAAGGGUUUUACUCGUCACUACGAUCACUGCUCGAGAACUCCUUUCCUCUUUGACCCAUCGAGUAAGACUUUCAUUUCUUACGAUGACCCUAGAUCUCUAGCCCGAAAGACCAAAUUUGCUAAGUCUAGCGGCUUGGCCGGAGUCAACGUCUUCGACGCUACGGGAGAUACCCAAGAGAGAGUCCUCAUCAAGGCUAUCAAAUCAUCCCUCUAA